AUGCAAGAAAUACCAGUAGUUAUACAACACUAUGUCUUAUCAAAAUAUAAUACAAAGUUUAUAAGGUUGAGUGAUCGCAACCAAGUAUAUCACCUCACCAAGGAUGUUGGUUUAAAUGCGCGUAUUAGUCAUCUAGCAUUGGUUUGCAAGAGAUGGUUUCGUAUUCUAUCAGUAUUGGUAUCACAACAUAGAGAUGGUGUAUUGAUAGAAGAACUACCAAAGAGUUUAUUAUCAGAGCAACAACAAAAACAACAAGGUAGUGACGUUCAUGAAAGUACACCAAACUCAAUGUCACAAUAUAUGUUGACAUUCUCGUUGACUCAUGUUCAUACACUUGUCAUCCACUAUGGUGAUUAUGAUAAUGGCACCGGUACAAAUCUUAAUAGCACUCAAAAUGUCAUAUCAAUGAUCAAGACAAUGACAAUGUUGGAAAGAGUAGCAUUGCGUAUUAAAAACCUCAGGCAACCAAAACUAGAUAGAGCCGAUGAAAAGGGAAUGAUUGGGUUGGUAGAAUCAAUCAAUCAAUUGAAUAGGAACAGAGAGUUUGCAAUCAAGAUUGAAGCAAGGAUAUGGAUUAAAAUAUUGGUUUAUACAAACACAACUUGGGAAAUUGGGUACCUUGAAAAACUUUGUACAAACCUUGGAGUAGAGAUGACCAAAUUGCACUGGCACAGAGAGGAUAUUGGUAAGCCGAAUAGAGAUUAUAGUUGCUUUGAUGCACUAUGUCAUAAUGUUGAAUCACUCAAACCAAAACACUUGACCAUCAUUAACCAUGCAGACAAGUAUCGAGAUACUAUUCCACCAUAUGCAAGUUUCAAAUUAUUUAAUUUAAAUUACGAUGGUUUGGAAAGAGUUAAUAUUAAAGUUGGACUAGUCAAGAUUAGAUAUAUCAACAUAUUGUUACAAUCAAAGACUAUUAAAUCAUUGAUGAUACGAUUUCAAUGGCACAAUGAAUAUGAUGAUCUAACUCAAGAACAAUCUAAAAAUCCUCUUUCUUUGAUUUUGUCAUUACAAAAAGCAGCUCCAUUAAUCGAGGAAAUGGCUCAACACCUUCAAAACAACAAAACAUUAACUUCUCUAACAAUCAAAGAUGGUUAUGAAAGUGCCAAUGAAUACCGAUUACCAUCAUUCGAUCAAAUGAUAAACAAUCCUUUUGCCAAUCUAUUAUCAAACAAUCAAACCAGUUUAAAACAUUUGGCAUUUGAAAAUAGUGAAGAUUAUUUAGAUCAAAGAUUCUACCAAUCCAUUACCAAUAAUACAACUUUACAAUCACUUAGAAUUAGAUUUGGAGAUUUCAAAUAUGUCAAUAGUAUGGAAUACCAAAAACAAAGUAUUUCAUCAAUUUGUACAUCACUCUCGAUCAAUCGUACACUUCAAUCUUUGAAUAUUGUCUUGGCACAAUAUUUAAAAGAAGAUUUAAUCAACCAAUUCAUUCAAAUACCAAAUAGAAAUUGUUUAUUAAUUGUCCAUGAAAAAAAUGGAAUAAUAACAAUAUAA